AUGCGUUACACAACCAUCACUCUCCUUGUUAUUGGUCUUCUCACAGGCAAUGCCUUGACUGCACCUGCUCCUCAAUUCGGUGGCGGCGGCGGCGGCUUCGGAGGUGGCCGUGGUGGUGGCGGUGGUGGUAGAGGUGCCGUAGGUGGCGCUUGCCAAGCAGACGGCCAGUGCGAUGUCAAUGGCGACGUCAAGGUUGUCGCGGGUCAGUGUGGCCAGGCCGCUGCCGAUGCCUAA